GGUAUAGUGUUACUGUACUGUAUGUCUUUUAACUGCCUUCAAAGCAAAUUUCCCCAUCUGGGAUAAUAAAGUAACACAAAGCAUUAAGACACCAAUUCAGUAUUGUCAUUGUAAAAGCCCUUUCAUAAAACUGCAAAAUGAUCGGAAGAGACUUUAAUCCACUUCUCAUUGUAACAGUGUGGAAUUCCUGGCUGCCUUUUCACCGGCGGCAGUUCAAUACCGCUGGUUGAGGUAGGGAGCCAAUGCGUAGUCACCAGGAAUUUGCGUUCUUUCAGCCUGCAAGGAAAUAAUUAGUAGCGAGAAUCUACUAGAGUGUGACGAUUUCUCUGAAGAAAAAGGGCUUCUGCAGCCUUUCAGCUGGUGCCAUGGUUUUGAAGCGAACACGGGGAGAUCGUGUGAGAAUGUAAUAUAGGGUUUCUAAUGAAAACCCCAGGUGGUGCUGAUAUACAGUACAUUCUUAUGAGGAAUUAGAUAGAGAGGGGACAGUGAGAUGGCCCUCUAGUGGUGCACAGUGGGAAAUCCCUUCCACCUGUCACACCAUGAAGGGUGUUGGUAGCCAAUUACAUUGAAAGAGAUGCGCCUCAUACAGUGUAUUCUGAAAGUUUUCCCAAAAACAAAACCAACAAUGCAAAUCAAUUAAAAUACCAUUUCCAGAAGACUGAGGCACAUAGCAUGAUAUAAAUAAACAAUUAGAGACAAAUACUUCUACUGGUUCAGACCCACUAGAGAGUUUUGUGCUUUGUCUUCUCCCCAGGCAGAUAAAGUCACUUGAGCCCACACCUAAGAAUUCGAGUAUUGGUGUAAGUUUGAUUAGUGCUUCAUACUAAGCUCUAAGGAUUUGAGUUUCAGUAUAUAAUAGCCUUCAGUUAAUGUGCAUGAGCUCUGAACAAUAAGGAGAAGACGGUUUGCAAUGUUGCUUGUAACAUUAUCAUUUGCUUUGUUCAUAAAUGAUGCAAACCCAGUUUGUCAGCCUUACGGCACACAAGAACAUCCUCAGUUUUCAAAAGAUGGGGACAUUCUAAUCGGAGGUAUAUUUGGAAUGCAUAAAAACACUGAUAUUAAAAGCCUGACAUUUACAAACAUCCCGGGGAAUAUCAGAUGUGAAAGGUAAGUCAUCACUUGCUCAGAAAAAUAAAACACUUUAGAUCAUUCACUGAGAAAUAAUAUGUUACUGUUUAUAUAGUAUGUGAGCGUGAAAGUGUAAUUUAAUAUGAUUGUGAGCAAAGUAGCACAAUAGUUGAAAUUUGUAAGAAUAAUAUAAAUUCUUCCCACUAAAUGAAGACAAAGUUGAUUAAUUUGUCAGAAAAAUAUCAGUUAUUUUACAGCAAUGCUUACACUUGCUAAUAUUUGCUGUCAUUUUCCUGUUAGCUUAAAUCUUGGAGAAUUACGGUCUGCUCAAACUAUGAUCUUUGCCAUUGAAGAAGUAAAUAACAGUUCUGAUGUUCUUCCUGAUGUGUCUCUGGGUUAUAAGAUAUAUGAUACUUGUCGUUCUGUACCACUGUCUAUAAAAGCAUCUUUAGAUUUAAUGAAUGGAAAUGAAAAAAAUCUUUCUAAUCAGUCUUGUGACAAACCAUCAACUGUCCACGCCAUCAUCGGACACUCUAGCUCGACACCAACAAUAGGAAUGGCAGCAACUGUUGGACCCUUUCACAUGCCAGUGAUCAGUCAUUUUGCUUCAUGUGCCUGUCUCAGUAACAGAAAGGAGUUCCCCAGCUUUUUCAGGACAAUUCCCAGUGAUUAUUACCAAAGCAGAGCCCUGGCAAAGCUUGUGAAGCACUUUGGAUGGACUUGGGUUGGGGCCAUUAGAAGUAAUGAUGCCUAUGGCAACAGUGGGAUGGAAACUUUUGUACAAGCUGCACAGGAGGAGGGGAUCUGUAUUGAAUAUUCAGAGGCCAUUUUCAGAUCUGAUCCUAGAGAAAGAUUUCUUAAAGUUGUAGAUAUUGUGAAAAAGUCAACUUCAAGAGUAAUUGUUGCUUUCACAAUUUAUGCUGAUAUGGAAUUAUUAGUCAAUGAAUUAUUCAAUCAGAAUGUAACAGGUUUACAGUGGGUGGGCAGUGAAUCGUGGAUUACACACAGCAACCUCGCUUCAAAAGAAGGUUAUAAAGUCCUGGGUGGAGCCAUUGGAUUUGCAAUUCCAAAUGCAAAGAUACCAGGACUAAAAGAAUUCAUUCUAAAUGCUCGUCCUUCUAAUACACCUGGAAACACUGGCUUAACUGAAUUCUGGGAGAGUUUUUUCAGCUGUAGCCUAACUUCCGAAAAUGAUGAAAAUUUGAAGCCAUGUACAGGAAAAGAGACAUUGGAGGAAAUAAAUAAUGAAUACACUGAUGUAUCAGAACUGAGGAUAUCAAACAAUGUGUACAAAGCAGUGUAUGCUGUAGCUCAUUCACUGCACAAUCUGUUAGUAUGCAGCCAUAGAAAAGGACCUUUUGAUAAACAAACAUGUGCCAAUAAAAAUGAUGUCAAACCAUGGCAGGUGCUACAGCAUUUGGCGAAAGUGAACUUCACAACUCGGAAUGGAGAGAAUGUGCAUUUUGAUGAAAAUGGAGAUCCACUUGCACGAUAUUCAUUAGUAAACUGGCAGCAGAAUAAGGAGGGAAUCACAGCUUUUGAAAUUAUUGGUCUAUAUGAUGGCUCUUCAGCUGAAGGACAACAGUUUAUAAUGAAUGGCGUCAAUCCAGUUUGGGCUGGUGAUCAAAAUAAGAUGCCGAAGUCAGUCUGCAGUGAGAGCUGCCUUCCAGGGACUCGUAAGGCCAUUGAGAAAGGGAAGCCAGUCUGCUGCUUUGUCUGCAUCCCCUGUGCAGAGGGAGAGUUCAGCAACACUACAGAUUCAGUGGAGUGCACCGCGUGUCCUUUGGAGUACAGAUCGAAUGAACAAAGAUCUCAAUGUGUCUUAAAAAACAUUGAGUUUUUAUCUUUUGGUGAAUUAAUGGGAGUACUUCUAGUUACUUGUUCUGUUUUGGGAAGCAGCAUAACCAUUGUGAUAGCUCUUAUUUUUUUUCACCACAGAUCUACUCCAAUUGUUAAAGCCAAUAACUCUGAACUGAGUUUCCUUCUGCUCUUUUCAUUGACUCUCUGUUUCCUCUGUUCACUUACUUUCAUUGGCCAGCCCUCUGACUGGUCCUGUAUGUUGCGCCACACAGCAUUUGGGAUCACAUUUGUCCUGUGCAUCUCUUGUGUUCUGGGGAAAACAAUAGUGGUGUUAAUGGCCUUUAGGGCUACACUGCCAGGGAAUAACAUCAUGAAAUUGUUUGGGCCUAAACAGCAGCGCUUAAGUGUUCUUGGUUUUACCCUCAUACAGGUCUUCAUUUGUGUUCUUUGGUUGACAAUUACACCUCCUUUUCCAAAUAAGAAUGUAAAAUACUAUAAAGAAAAAAUAAUUCUGGAGUGUGACCUGGGAUCUGCAGGUGCAUUCUGGGCUGUGUUAGGGUAUAUAGGAUUCCUCUCUGCCAUGUGCUUUGUGCUCGCUUUCUUGGCUCGGAAGCUGCCUGAUAACUUCAAUGAAGCCAAAUUCAUUACAUUCAGCAUGCUCAUAUUCUGUGCUGUCUGGAUCACCUUUAUCCCAGCUUAUAUCAGCUCCCCUGGUAAGUUCACAGUAGCUGUGGAAAUAUUUGCAAUUUUAGCUUCAAGUUAUGGAUUACUCUUCUGUGUUUUUCUGCCAAAAUGUUAUAUUAUUCUAAUAAAACCUGAAAUAAAUACCAAAAAACAUUUAAUGAGUAAAGGGUAA